AUUGAUUUUCUUCUGCGCAGAGAAAGAGAAGCAUCUUUCACCGAUUAAAAUGAGUAACGAUUCGAAAGUAACGGCACAAGGGCUGAAAGUCACACAUGAACCAACCGAAGAAGUCCGCAGUAACAGAAACAUGUCUUUACUGUGGGUCCCCUAUGUUGUACUGGCCGCCAUUAUGGUACUCUUCUUUUCCGUAUCUUUUGCACAUUAUCACUUAAAAAGACGAAAAUAUCAACUACGGAGAUGGGCGUCAAAAUGUCUACGCGAAGAAAUGAAGAACUCGAGUGGUGAAGUCUUUGAUCAACCCAAUGUGCCACAAGUCGGCGAAGGGUUGGCAAAGUAUAAUGAUUCUCUCCGACAGAUCGAUGAUAUAAAGACUUUACCUGGCGCUGUAGCUAAGAUUGACUUUAAAAAUGAUUUCACGAUCGAUAUAAAAAUUUGAUCCAAAGAUUUAUGUUUUUAAAUAUCAAGGAAUUUUUUUCAAUGUCUUAAUCCUGUCAGACAUUUGAAAAUACCAUGAAUUCUCGAACAUUCCACAACCGCUAACAGCAAUAAAAACGCCUGCUUGGCUACGUUGGAUUAUUAUUGUCCAUAAAACACAAAACGCAUAUAUUGUAUAAGCGUUUCGUUCCACUCAACAAAAUUAAAUUUCUAUAUUUCUAACAUUUCACUUACACACCAUGUUUCCGGAUUAUGUUUUCAUUUUUUUCUCUUCUUUUACUUUUUUGGUGUCUCUUUAAAUCGAAACUUUGGUUCAUUAAGCUCUCCAGAUGUCUUCAGGUGCUAUAAUCGUCCACAAUUUUUAUAUUAUCUUUUUGCACUUUAUAUACAAGAUACUGAGUAAGAAUUGAACUUUCAACUGCUUUUUAGUAUCCACUGAAACCCGGUAAGAUUGCCAUCGAUUUAAAAAGGCCCAUAAGACGAAGAAUAUUCUAUAGGCUUCACAAAACACAUCGGUUUCCAAGAAAAUAAUCAAGCUUCUUUUUUUCUUAUAGAACUUCUCAUAAUACCAUCGGGGUUUUUUUCUCUAUUCUAAAUAGUAAAAGAUAAUUUCAUCUUCUUCAAAGCGAGACAUCUAUCCUCGUUUAUCACAGUGGUCUAGUUUUUAAAAAAUGUGAUAACUGAAUCAACUCCAAGAACUUUGUAAAUGGAAUGAAUGGUAGAUCCAUUGGCACCAAACUCAUGACCCACAAUAGCGAAGCUUCCACCAUCACGUAUUUUCUUGAUCACUUCUACCUUUUUCUGUAGAAGAAGGCGCCUAUUAAGGUCAGGCGCCUCAUUUUUCUGUUCACUGAUCCCAGGUUGUUGGGUACAAAGACAUAAAUCCGCAUAAAAAAUACAAAACCGUGCAACACGUUCGUGUAAAUACAAGCUAUGGUCAGUGCAUUCUAGAGAACUGAGCACUGUGUAUUGUCGUUGGCGUGUUUUUGCUGACCAAGCAGAAUCUUCGACCUUCGACCCAUACUAUCACACAGAUCAUUCCGUGAUAAGCGUAAAAAUGGUUCACAAUCGAACGUACCGUGUUAUCUUGUAUCAGUGAUAAAUGAAUCCGCGAUAAACGAGGCUACAUGUAAUAGCUUCUUAACACACAUAUAUACAUAUGUAUAAUAAAACAUAUCAAGGAAACAAUGAGAUAACAAAGUUUUAUAUUAAAAUAAUUUGACAUUUAUAACAUUUUCAAUUUUAUAAGAAAUGUAUUUAGAAAUGGUAUUUCGUUGAUAAAAUCACAAUCCAAGUAUAACACCUUA